GGGCUUCCUGCAGUUUAAACAUAUUCGCGCUUCGCCCAACUGCUUGCACUCGUUUGAAGUUGCCCGUCGUUCAUGAUACACAAGGUUAGACGAGAUCGUCGACAGACUGUUAUUUUCACCAAAGGCGUAUCGAGUAACGUUCGCAGCCACGGAUUACUCGAAUAUGUUGUCUAACCCACUCCAACGGUUUUCACCGUACCAUGCACUGCCUUCUAACACAUUACUCUCCAAUUCCCAUGUACCUGGGGGUCACCUUCACGCUGGUCUAGAGGCCUUCGGUCAUGGAUCGCAAUAUACUCUGCAACACCUUCAGCAGCACGUAGGAGUACACGCACCACAUCUAGCCCGAGCACCACAGCCAAAGCAUCGUCAGCAUCCAUACGGGGGUCCAAGCACAAGAGCCACAGGAGCAGCCGGCCCUAUUCGAAGAAGAAUAAGCAGGGCUUGCGACCAAUGCAACCAGCUCAGGACCAAGUGUGAUGGACAGCACCCUUGCGCUCAUUGCAUAGAAUUUGGGCUUGGCUGUGAGUAUAUUCGCGAACGAAAGAAGCGAGGCAAAGCCUCCCGCAAGGACCUCGCCCAACAAGCUGCUGCCCAAGCCGCCGCUGCGGCAGCCACCCAGAACGGACACAAAUCCCCAAAUCAGAACGACGAUAGCGAGCCAUCUACGGAGCAACAAACAGAUAGCACGUCAUCUGUGAAGCCGGAACAAUCGAAUUCUAGCGACAAGGCGCUUAAUGAUAUCAGUGAAGAUGCUAUACAGCGCAGUCAAAGGACAGGAAGCCUCGAUAGCUUAGCAGAAUUAAGUGCUCAUCAGCCGCAUUUGACAGGUCAUCCAGGAGCCAUGGAAAGAGAUCAGCUUGAUAGCCCUACAUCGUUAGAUCUCAAUGGGUACGGGAAUGUUCAGAACCCAUACGACAGGCAAGGAAUGGGACAUUUGAUGGGUGGAUCUACACACAAUGCGUAUGGUUCCAACCAGGGCAAUCUCUCUUCAAACUAUCCUGAGAUUCCCUACGCGCUGCAGGCUCAGAGUCCUACCAACUACUCAGCAAACGCUCAACCAACGUUUCGAAUAGGUACCAGCCCUCUCAGCGCAUAUCCAAUUGGUGGGGAGCCGACCUCUCCAGGUGGUUGGAUGUCAAUGUCUUCACCUCCCCCACAAUUCCAAUCUCAUAUUCCACAGAAUAACUACCAUCAUCAGCUAAGAUAUCCAGUUCUCAAUCCGCUAAUACCUCAUCUUGGGAAUAUCAUUCCUGUCUCUCUUGCUUGCGAUUUGAUCGAUUUAUACUUCGCGAGCUCGUCUUCCGCUCACGCACAUCCUAUGUCACCUUAUGUUCUUGGCUUCGUCUUUCGAAAACGAUCAUUUCUACAUCCGAGUAAACCUCGACAAUGCCAGCCAGCAUUAUUAGCAAGCAUGCUCUGGGUGGCCGCACAGACAAGCGAUGCUCCGUUUUUGACUGGCGUCCCAUCCGCAAGAGGCAAGAUCUGCCAAAAACUCCUCGAACUUACUGUCAGCUUGCUCAAGCCAUUAAUCCACACACCGUCUGGAGAAGCUUCGCCAGUUUCCAGCCCGGUUAUAGAUGGCGUUGCCUUAGGGGGAUUAGGCGUUGCGCUCCCAGGCUCCAUGAGUAUGGAAAACUUGACGGGAGAAUCAGGAGCUUUUGGUGCCGCAGGGACGCUUGAUGAUGUCGUCACUUAUAUUCAUCUGGCCACAGUAGUUUCCGCAAGCGAGUACAAAGGUGCCAGCCUACGAUGGUGGAAUGCUGCGUGGUCCCUUGCAAGAGAAUUGAAACUUGGCCGAGAAUUACCACCGAGCGUGCCUUCGAUGGUCCAAAAUACCAAUAGCAACGACGUCGAUGCCGACGGAGAAACCGAAGAUGGACUAUGCAAUAAUGUUGCCCCUGGAACGGUCACCGAGGAGGAACGGGAAGAACGACGACGUAUUUGGUGGCUUACGUACAUCGUGGACCGUCACCUAGCUCUGUGCUACAAUCGGCCCUUGUUCCUUCUAGAUAUUGAAUGUGAGGGCCUUCUCCAACCUAUGGAUGAUACCGAAUGGCAAAAUGGGAACUUCAACUCUCAUACCACCGACCCAGCCUUAUCAGAGCAAUCAGGGACUGAUGGUAACCGAGUACGCGGCCCACACUUCGAGUGCACCGGUCACAGCAUCUUCGGCUACUUCUUACCUUUAAUGACCAUCUUGGGCGAGAUUGUCGAUCUUCAUCACGCACGUAAUCACCCGCGGUUCGGCAUCGGGUUCCGCUCGGCCAGGGAAUGGGACGACCAGCAGGCCGAGAUUGUGCGUCACCUUGAAGCAUAUGAGCAAAGUUUAAAGAAGUUUGAACAGAGACAUUUCAAUUCUUCUGAGGAGAAAAACGAGCAGUCAGCAACUCUGGAGAUGCCUUCGGAGCUAGAUCAGAUCGGCUCACCAUCAGGGAGAUCGGUACAUACGAGCUCUUCUCGCAUGACUGAAUCCGAUAUUCAAACCCGCAUCGUCAUGUCAUAUGGCACGCAUGUCAUGCAUGUACUACACAUCCUCCUCACCGGAAAAUGGGACCCCAUCAAUCUCCUUGACGACAAUGACUUAUGGAUCUCAUCACAAGGCUUCAUCACAGCCACAGGUCACGCCGUGUCUGCCGCUGAGGCCAUCAGCAACAUCCUUGAGUACGACCCCGGCCUUGAGUUCAUGCCUUUCUUUUUUGGGAUCUAUCUUUUGCAAGGCUCAUUCCUACUACUACUUAUUGCCGAUAAAUUACAACUUGAAGCUUCGGCCAGCGUCGUCCGCGCCUGUGAAACGAUUAUCCGUGCACACGAGGCAUGUGUCGUUACGCUCAACACCGAGUACCAGCGCAAUUUUAGUAAGGUGAUGCGUAGUGCUCUAGCUCAAGUUCGCGGCCGCGUGCCCGAAGACCUCGGUGAGCAACACCAACGCCGCCGGGAGCUUCUUGCAUUGUACAGAUGGACCGGAGACGGCACCGGAUUAGCUUUAUAACCUCAAUAACCUCAGUAUAUUUCCCUUGUCCUGUUGUAUAUACCGGGUGGGCGUCGGG